AGAGUCUCUCCCCUCGGCGUCUCCGAACUUUCUCUGACCCCUCAAAACCUUAUUUUUUUUCCCUGAGAUUUUCUAAAGUGAGACAGACAGAGAACGUGGUGAAAAGAGGGAGACACGGAAAUGGCGAUUUCUAAUUGCGCUUCAUUGUCAGCAACCUCAGAUUUGUCUCCUGUUGUUUUGGGACAUCAUAAGAACAUAGCCGCCGUUUAUUCAAUCUUUCCAAACAAGUUCGCCCUCAGCCAUGUUUCUUUGAUUCCUAAGCGACGCCCAUCGCCCAAUUCGAUAAGGUGCAUAACAUCUCCAUUGGCUCCAGCGGGAAACGAAACAACAUCAACGAAACCAAAAGAAACGGUGCCACUGCCAUUGAGUUUUUCUCCCAAGAAGGAGCUUAAAGAUUCUCUUACCUUUUAUAAUAAGAACAACGACAAAGACAAUUCAACUGUGAGUAUAACUGUCGUGGGGGCAUCUGGAGACCUUGCUAAGAAGAAGAUAUUUCCUGCCCUUUUUGCCCUUUAUUAUGAAGAAUGUCUCCCUGAGCACUUCACUAUUUUUGGAUAUGCCCGGAGCAAGAUGACUGAUGAAGAACUUAGGACCAUGGUUAGCAAAACUCUUACUUGCAGAAUUGAUAAAAGGGCAAAUUGUGGUGAAAAAAUGGAAGAGUUCCUAAAACGAUGUUUCUACCAUAGUGGAAUGUAUGAUUCACAGGAAAAUUUUUCAGAGCUUGAUAGAAAGCUCAAAGAACAUGAGAUGGGAAAAGUUUCCAACCGCCUCUUUUAUUUGUCGAUCCCGCCAAACAUAUUCAUAGAUGCUGUACGAUGCGCAAGUCUCUCUGCAUCAUCUACCCACGGAUGGACAAGAGUCAUUGUGGAGAAGCCAUUUGGGCGGGAUUCUGAAUCUUCUUCUUUGUUAACUCGUUCUCUUAAGAAAUACUUGAAGGAAGAUCAAAUUUUUAGGAUAGACCAUUAUCUUGGGAAAGAGCUUGUGGAAAAUCUUUCUGUACUCCGCUUUUCCAACCUUAUCUUUGAACCAUUAUGGUCAAGGCAAUACAUAAGAAAUGUACAGUUUUUGUUCUCCGAAGAUUUUGGCACCGAAGGACGUGGAGGUUACUUUGAUAAUUAUGGAAUAAUCAGAGACAUCAUGCAAAAUCAUCUUCUUCAAAUCCUUGCACUCUUUGCAAUGGAAACCCCCGUCAGUUUAGAUGCAGAAGAUAUCAGGAAUGAAAAGGUAAAAGUGUUACGUUCAAUGAGGCCUUUACAACUUGACGACGUGGUAAUAGGGCAAUACAAGGGCCAUACAAAGGGAGGGGUUGCUUAUCCUGGAUACACCGAUGACAAGACUGUCCCAAAAGACAGCCUAACCCCAACAUUUGCUGCUGCUGCUAUUUUCAUUGAUAAUUCGAGAUGGGAUGGCGUUCCUUUUUUAAUGAAAGCCGGAAAGGCUUUGAAUACAAGAAGCGCUGAGAUAAGAGUGCAGUUUAGGCACGUGCCGGGAAAUCUGUACAACAAAAACUUUGGGUCGGACUUGGACCAGGCAACAAAUGAGCUAGUCAUCCGUGUCCAGCCCGACGAAGCUGUUUUUUUAAAGAUCAAUAACAAGGUCCCUGGUCUGGGAAUGAGGUUGGACCGCAGUAAUCUUAAUCUGCUUUAUUCUACCAGGUACUCCAAGGAGAUCCCGGAUGCAUAUGAAAGGCUUCUACUUGACGCAAUAGAAGGGGAAAGGAGACUUUUCAUUCGAAGCGAUGAACUCGACGCUGCUUGGUCUCUCUUCACUCCAGUUUUAAAGGAGAUUGAGGAGAAGAAAAUAGUGCCCGAGUACUACCCCUACGGGAGUCGUGGGCCCAUCGGAGCCCACUAUCUUGCAGCCCGAUACAAUGUGAGAUGGGGCGAUCUUGGCGUGGAUCAAUAAUGGCUUUAGUAUACAAGAUUUGUCAUUUAGAUGAUAUAGAAAUCAUGGAAUUUACAUUCUUUUGAACUUUGAGCCAUUCUUUUUUUCCUCUUCCAAAAGGAAGGCGUUCCCACACACCGAGAGAAUAUAUUAUAUGUGGGGCCACAUAUGAUGUUCUGUACUUCUGUCUGGUGUGUGGGAAAACCGUGUAAGCGUGAAUUGAGGAAGGAUAU